AUGAUAUCUCGGUGGUAUCAGUUUCUGGCUUGCCUCGUACUGGCGCUUUGGCUGCCACCGAGCGCUGCGAAGAAGGAGGAGCCCGGAAUCAGCCGUUACGAACUCCAUGAUAAACCGUAUGCUAUGUUUUAUUUCGAGAAGUCCGACACGGUUCUAUUAAAUCUGGAUAAUGGAGAGCUUUUGCGUUCAUUCGAUGCUGGUGAGCACUGGGAAGUGAUUGAGGAAGAUGGCAUGAAGCAAGGAGUCACUUCCAUCUACCCACAUCCUUUUGACAACAAUAAAGCUUAUGCGCUGGGUCGAGAGGGAAAACACUGGAUGACGACGGAUAAAGCGAAAACGUGGAAGCCUUUCGAGAUUCCUGAUCGAGCUCAUUUCAAAAGUCCACAGUCUGGCCCUCUUUCUUUCCAUGGACGGGAUUCCAGCAAGGUUAUCUUUGAAACCAGACCGUGCGUGCUAUGUACGCUGAAGUCAUACUAUACUACGGAUGAUUUCGGUACAAUAAAGGUGCUGACAGAAAGCGCUGUGGGCUGCUACUGGGGCAUCGGCAAUCCUCUCUUUGGGACAGAAUCUGAAGUUUCGCAUGAGUUGGAAAAGCGUACUAUUUGUGUAGUUCCAGGUUUGAAGGCAUCCUCGACGUUCGCUUUUCGGUUGGUUUACUCGGACGACUACUUCAGCAGCCAAGGUAUCGAGGCUAAGCUUCAGGAUGGCCGCCCAGUAUCUGGUGUGACCAGUGUUGCGCAGGUCAAGCGCUUUAUGGUCGCUGCAGUGGAAUCCCAGGGCACUACCGAGAAAGCCUUAUAUGUGACAACUGACACAGAAAAAUGGCACCGAGCAGACUUUGGAGAUCAUCGUUUGGAAGAAAAUAGUUACACUAUCCUUGAGAGCACGAACUAUAGUCUCCAAGUCGAUGUGCUUACUGACAAGUUCAACGGUAUCGGUGUGCUUUUCACUUCCAAUUCAGAUGGCACCUAUUUUACUCGGAACAUUGAGCACACGAACCGUGGCCGGCGCGGCCUAGUCGACUUUGAGAAAUUAGCUGUGAUACAAGGGAUAGUAUUGGUGAAUACUGUCAGAAACCCGAGCGAGGUUGAAGGCGGCUCAAGGAAAGAGGUUGUCAGUCAGAUUUCGUUCGAUGAUGGAAGGACAUUUCAGCCGCUGAAGGUGCACCUACACUCAGUUAACUCGGACGCUAACCUAGGACGCGUUUUCUCGAGUCCUGCGCCCGGAUUGGUGAUGGGAAUAGGUAACGCAGGUGAUUAUCUUGGCGAGCAUUCAGAAGGCGACCUUUACGUGAGUGACGAUGCCGGCAUUACCUGGCGUCUUGCUCUCAAAGGACCACACCUGUACGAAAUCGGGGAUCAAGGCGCUGUUUUGGUGGCAAUCAGCGAUGCGCCUAAAGUGAAGACGGUUGAAUACUCCCUUGAUCAUGGGAAAGAAUGGAAGUCGGUUGAUCUUCCUCAUGAGAUCGACGCCAUUACAACUGUGACCACGACACCGGACUCAACAAGCUUGAAAUUCAUAGUCCUUGGGCAUUCAAAGGGGAAAUACUGUGUUUAUUCGAUUGAUUUUGAGGACUUGCACGAACGAAAAUGUGAAGAUGACGAUUUUGAUAUGCAUUGGCCCGCUCGGCUCACUCCUGAAGGAAACCCUGAUUGCUUAAUGGGAUCUCAGCAAUUUUUUAGGCGCAGAAAGGCUAGCGCUGACUGUUUCGUCGCGGAGGCAUUCAACAGUUCUAUGUCGAUAUUUGAACCCUGCAAAUGUACUGCUGAGGACUUUGAGUGCCAAACCGCACGGACCGAAGACGGCAAAGGCUGCGUUCCACCGAAAUCCUUUAAUCCACCAGAUGGGACAUGCUCAGAACCGUCUGACACUUUUUUGGCUCCGUCAGGCUGGAGGUUGAUUCCCGGUGAUGUUUGCAUCCGGGAAGGUGGAGUGAAUCUCGACAAAGAAGAUAUCGACUUACCCUGCAAAGAUGUUAAGGGAGGAGCAAAGGGCAAAGACAUUACUUCGACUCAGAGAACAUUCAAGUCAGAUGUGUCAGCCUAUCGCUAUCUGGAACGUCAGGUGUCAAACAUCGGCGAAGAUGAGACAAUAAUACUGCACACCACUAACGGGGAGCUACUAAUUUCUCAUGACCAUGGAAAGACCUGGCAGCAGAAACUGAAGGGCACGAGCGUGACGUCAGUCAUUCCACAUCAGCACUUUGCGGACACUGCCUACUUCCUUACCGAUAGCGAAGAGGUGUUCUACACCAUCAACCGAGGCGUGACGUUUGAGUCUUUCAAGACGAAGAAACCUCCGAGCCAUGCGAGCUCCCCACCCCUGAGGAUCCACCCAUCUAAAAGGGACUGGCUGCUUUGGGUAGGUGAAGACUGCGAUUCCGGCAGCUGUCAUUCCAACGCCUAUUUUAGCGAUGAUCGAGGAGACUCUUGGAAAAUCAUUCUGCGCCACGCCAAGAGGUGCGAGUUCGAGUAUAGGGAAAAUCAGCCAGACACCCUGCACCUCGUAUUCUGUGAGCAAUAUGAAAACGAAGAUGAAAGCAAGCGUCUACGGCUCAUGUCCACAAACGACGAAAAGUUUUCUUCGGAAUGGGAGGUUGUGGAUGAGAAUAUUGUAUCAUAUGCGACCAGGCCCGAGUACAUCAUCCUUGCGUCGCGCAAAAACAAAGGUGACAGAGCAUUAAAGGCUAGAGUGAGUGUUGAUGGGGUGACAUUCGCCGACUUGAAAUUUCCCCCCAAUGUGGUGCCAGAUGAAAGUCUCUACACUGUGCUUGACACUUCUGAACACGCCAUCUUUCUAUACGUGGAAGCCAAUAAUAUGACCCACUCUGAAUACGGCUCGUUGGUCAAGAGUAACAGCAACGGCACAACCUAUGUCCUCAGCCUGGACUCUGUGAACCAGAAUACCCCUGGAUAUGUUGAUUUUGAGCGAAUGCGGGCUUUGGAGGGUGUCAUAAUUGCUAAUAUUGUCAGUAACGUGGACGGGCUCCCCGGCGGGGCGCCUAAGAAGCUUAGGACGAUGAUUACUCACAAUGAUGGUGGUGAAUGGACACUCCUAACACCCCCGGCCAAAAACGCCGACGGAGAGAAGUUUUCAUGUUCCGUCGCUGAAGGGAAAGGUACCAAGAGCUGUGCACUUCAUCUUCACGGAUAUACUGAACGCGCAGAUUCGCGAGAUACAUUUUCCUCUGGUUCAGCAAUUGGCUUGAUGAUGGGCUUGGGCAACGUGGGAGAUGUGCUGACGAGCAAAGAUGAAGCAGACACUUUCAUGACCCAGGAUGGUGGAAUUACCUGGAAGUCUGUCAAGAAAGGUAGAUAUAUGUGGGAGUAUGGUGACUCCGGCUCUGUGAUUGCAAUUGUGCCUGAGCAGAAGUCUACCAAAGUUCUGCAUUAUAGCACCGACGAGGGCACCACCUGGCGGGACUACGAAUUCUCAGAUGAGGAAAUAGAGGUGUUUGACAUUUCCACUGUACCCUCGGAUACCUCAAAGAAUUUCCUUUUGUGGGGUAAAAGAUCGGGCGAACUUGUCACCAUCAAUGUUGACUUCAGCGGGCUUUACGAUAGGGAUUGCGAAUUUGACAAGGGCGGCGACAUCAGUGACGACUAUGAGCUUUGGAAUCCAAAGCAUCCAUUCCAGGAAAACAAUUGUUUGUUUGGACAUGUUGAACAAUACCGUCGCAAGAAGACUUCAGCCGAGUGUUGGAAUAAUUGGCGAGGACCUCAUCUGCAUAGUAUUGAAAGUAACUGCACCUGCACCACCGCUGAUUACGAAUGUGACUAUAAUUUCGAGCGUCAAAACGACGGCACAUGUCAACUUGUUACUGGCUUGGAGCCACAGGACCCUGUUGGAUUUUGCAAAGCACAUCCUGAGGCCGUCGAAUACUGGAAAGUUACGGGAUACCGUCGCAUCCCUCAGACGACAUGUCACGGUGGCUCGAACUUGGACCAUCAGGUUUCAGUGCCAUGUCCUGGGAAACAAGAGGAGUACGAUAAGAAACAUGGCAUAAGUGGGACUGCACUUUUUUUCGCUAUCGUGACACCGAUUGCUUUGGCAGGGGCUGUCGGUUACUUUGUCUAUACGAGAUGGGAUGGCAAGUUUGGCCAGAUUCGGCUUGGAGAAUCGUCAACCCAGGCGCAUGGGUUUUUCUCUCGAGACUCUGCACUGAUCACGAUCCCAAUCACCAUCAUCGCUGGUGUUGUGGCUAUUGCAAAAACGCUCCCAUUGCUAGCUACAAGUCUGUGGCGGAGUGCUAGCGGACAUAUGCGCAUUGGGCGUAACAGGAGCUAUCCCCGCCCAUACGCAUCCCGAGCUUCUUUCGCGGCUCGACGAGGUGAUUACAGCAGUGUUGUUGACGACGAAGACGAGCUCCUUGGUGUCGAGGACUUUGAAGGCGACGAAGAAGAGGAGGCAUGA